CCCCUUUCAGCCGCUGAUGGAGGGUCCGAGGGCUUCGCUCUGUCACCAGUUAUUUUAGGAGGAUGGUUUCACUGGAGCGUCACUGAUGGACUGCGGUGAUGAGAAGAUGGAGACUAUUUAAACGGCCCGGGUGUGUCCGCCGCCACGUUCAGACCGAAGCACAAAGACUCCAUUCAAGAUGCCAAACUGGGGAGGAGGUGCGAAGUGUGGCGCCUGUGAGAAGAUGGUGUACCAUGCGGAGGAGAUCCAGUGUAACGGGAGGAGCUUCCACAAGCCCUGCUUCAUCUGCAUGACCUGCAGGAAAGCGCUGGACAGCACCACAGUUGCAGCACACGAGUCUGAAAUUUACUGCAAGUCAUGUUACGGCAAGAAGUACGGGCCGAAAGGCUACGGGUACGGACAGGGCGCCGGAGCUCUGAGCUCUGAUCCUCCCGGACGGUUCGAAAUCCGGCAGCCUCAGCAGUCGAAGCCUCGGCCCGUCUCCACAAACACCGACGCCAGCAGCAACAAGUUUUCUCAGAAGUUUGGUAGCUCAGACCGCUGCCCUCGCUGCUCCAAAGCUGUUUACGCCGCAGAGAAAGUGAUGGGAGCCGGGAAGCCCUGGCAUAGAACCUGUUUCCGCUGUGCCAUCUGUGGGAAAAGCCUGGAUUCGACCACGGUGACAGAAAAGGAGGGAGAGCUGUACUGUAAAGUGUGCUACGCCAAACACUUCGGCCCUAAAGGAUUCGGACUGGGAAACGAAGCCAUGCUGGACUAAUGGAAAUGAAACAGAAACCACAUACAGAACAUAGUGUCACACUGGACAGAAAAACCUCAAUCAG